UGUAUAUUUUUUUAUCUUUAUUUUCUUUUCAACAUUUUUCCAGCAAAAUAUGGUGAUGAUAAAUUACCGGGAUGGCAUAAGAGAAUGGCCUCCUCCAACUAUUCUUAUUUGGAAUAAAAUUUUUGGCGCUUCUCUAGCAGAAAGUUUGCUUCAAUAUAAAAAUGAUGGACAAUGUUUUUAUAAAUGCAUUUAUACAGAUAAUCGUUCUCUAGAACAAACAGCUUCAAUAUUAGUUUUCCAUAUUCGUGAUAAUCUUGAUAAAAUGCCAGAACAUCGAACACCUCAACAACUUUACACAUUUUUUAUUCUUGAAUCUCCGCCGCAUACUUGGGGACUAGGAAGGACAGUUCCUCCCGACUUUUUUAAUAUUUCAAUGACUUAUAGAGCAGAUAGUGAUGUAUAUUAUCCUUAUGAUAUGUUUGAGGAAUAUACUAAAAAAGAUUUGGAAAGUGGAUUAGUUACAUAUGAUCAGAUUUGGACUGAGAAUGAGGUGAAUAAUUGA